AAAGAGCAACAAAAAGGCGCGGAAAGAGGAGGAAAAAGAGGCAGAAAACAAGUGGAAAUGGUGGGAAGAGGAAAAGAAGGAAGAUGGAGUCAAGUGGAUGCAGUUGGAGCACAGGGGCCCCUACUUUGCCCCCCUUUACGAGCCCCUUCCCGAAGACGUUCGCUUUUAUUACGCUGGAAAACCCCUGAAGCUGAGCUUGGCCACGGAGGAAAUCGCCACGUUUUAUGCCAAAAUGCUCGACCACGAAUACACGACCAAGGAGAUCUUCCAGAACAAUUUCUUCCACGACUGGAGGAAGGAGAUGACCUCGGAGGAGCAGGAGAUAAUCCAGGAGCUGGCCAAGUGUGACUUCAGUGAGAUCCACAAGUACUUUGUGGACAAAAGUGAGGCACGGAAAGCGCUCCCCAAGGAGGAGAAGCAGAAGCUGAAGGAGGAGGCAGACAAGAUCCAGGAGGAAUAUGGCUACUGCAUCCUGGAUGGGCACCGGGAGAAGAUCGGCAACUUCAAAACGGAGCCGCCGGGGCUGUUCCGUGGCCGUGGCGACCACCCCAAAAUGGGGAUGCUGAAGAAGAGGAUCAUGCCAGAAGAUGUGGUCAUCAACUGCAGCAGGGAUUCCAAGAUUCCUGAGCCCCCAGAGGGUCACAAGUGGAAGGAGGUUCGCUUUGACAACACGGUGACCUGGUUGGCCUCAUGGACAGAGAACAUCCAGAACACCCUGAAGUACAUCAUGCUGAACCCCAGCUCCAAGCUGAAGGGGGAGAAGGACUGGCAGAAGUACGAGGUCGCUCGGCGCUUGAAGGACGUUGUCCAUGAAAUCCGGGCUCGGUACCGAGCGGAUUGGAAAUCCAAGGAGAUGAAGAACAGGCAAAGAGCAGUGGCCCUCUACUUCAUUGAUAAGCUGGCCCUGAGAGCCGGGAACGAGAAGGAGGAAGGGGAGACGGCGGACACGGUCGGCUGCUGCUCCCUGCGCGUGGAGCACAUCCAGCUGCACCCCCGGCUGGAUGGGCAGGAGCACGUGGUGGAGUUGGACUUCCUUGGGAAGGACUCCAUCCGCUACUACAACAAGGUGGCUGUGGAGAAGCAGGUGAGCAGGGGCAGUGCCAGUUCCUGCUGUGAGGUUUCCCCACCCUUUGUCCUGUCUCCUUUCCCCCAGACGACCUUCCUGAACAAACAUCUCCAGCACCUGAUGGACGGUUUGACGGCCAAGGUGUUCAGGACCUACAACGCCUCCAUCACCCUGCAGGAGCAGCUCAAGGCCCUCACCAACCCUGAGGACAACGUUGCUGGGAAGCUCCUCUCCUACAACCGAGCCAACCGCGCCGUGGCCGUGCUGUGCAACCAUCAGAGGUCCGUACCCAAAACCUUCGCCAAAUCCAUGGAAAUCCUGCAGACCAAGAUCGAUGCCAAGAAGAAACAGGUGGAGGAAGCCCAGCAAGAGCUGAAAAAAGCUGAAGAUGAGUUGGAAGACCCAAAAGAUGCCAAAGCAGAAGCGAAUGUGGAGAAGAAGAAGAAGCUGCUGAAGAGGCUGGAGGAGCAGCUGGCCAGGCUGAAUGUCCAGGCCACAGAUAAGGAGGAGAACAAGCAGAUAGCUCUGGGCACUUCCAAGCUCAAUUACCUGGAUCCCAGGAUUAGCAUUGCUUGGUGCAAGAAGUUCGGGGUGCCCAUCGAGAAGAUCUACAACAAGACCCAGAGGGAGAAGUUUGCCUGGGCCAUCGCCAUGGCCAACGAGGACUUUGAGUUCUGAGCCCUCUUCCACCUUCAAUCCUUCAUCUGGUGCUGCUGGAAAGCUUCUUUUAUUUUUCCCUGCUGCUGCAGGAGGCUGAGGGGUUGUCCAGGAGAAGAAUUUGAUGCCUUUUUUGUAGACAGAAGAAAACCUCUGGUUUCUUUUCGAGUGGGUUUUGCUGAUUGUGACCCUUGCCCUGAGUGACUUUGGGGGGGAGCUGAUUCCUCCUCGGAGCUGCCAAGUGCUUGGGAUUUUGUUUUUCUUUUUUUCCUUUGUGAAGAAGAUUAAAUGAGAGCCUUAA